GAGUACAGAUUGGCAAGUGGCAUAGGCGCGCAGACCUCUGUCAUUUAUUUAUUUUUCUUUCCUCUGGGUGCGCUGUCCCUUUAAAUGGGGGACGCUGGUGCUGGCUCCGUAACACCGGAGCCGGCAGCUUGUUGAUUUCAGCGCUGGUGAAUUUCACAUUGUUUCCACUUCACUUUCCUCGCCCGGGGGAGGCUCGGGUUGGCUCUACAACCGCUACCGCAGUUGCCAGCUAGGUCCAGGGGAGGGCAGAGACCUGCAGCAUCUGGGCCGGCGUGGGGCCGCAGGGAAGGGUGUCGGGGCCACACACGCACUCUCGCUGCAGUCCAGAUCCUUCUGAAGCCCGGACGCCCGGAGCGCACCGAGCCGGAACCGCCCGCCUAGACGCCCGCCCGCCAGCCCGCCCACGGGCUGGGGUCACAGCCAGGGAGCCGGCGAGGGGAGGAGGCCCAGGGGGGCUGGGUGGGGGGGCGGGGGUGGGUGCUGCCGCCGCCGCGGAGCUGCUACUCGGCGCGUUUUGUAUGAAGAUGGCGGCUCCCACCGCCAGCAAGGCAGCCUCCCUGGGCUGUAACAACAAGCCUGCGUUCCCGGAGCUGGAUUUCAGGUCGGGAGCUCGGGUGGAGGAAUUGAACAAACUCAUCCAAGAAUUCACGAAGCACGACCAGCGGGAAUAUGACGACCAGAGAGCACUGGAGAUUCACACAGCCAAGGAUUUCAUCUUUUCCAUGCUGGGAAUGGUGCAAAAGCUGGACCAAAAACUUCCAGUGGCCAAUGAGUAUCUAUUGCUUUCUGGAGGAGUCCGGGAAGGCGUGGUAGACCUGGACUUAGAUGAGCUUAAUGUCUACGCGCGAGGGACCGACUAUGAUAUGGACUUCACUCUUCUGGUGCCAGCCCUGAAGCUUCAUGACCGUAAUCAGCCUGUGACACUGGAUAUGCGCCAUUCAGCCUUGUGCCACUCUUGGCUGAGCCUUCGGCUCUUUGACGAGGGGACGAUCAGUAAGUGGAAAGACUGUUGCACCAUCGUAGAUCACAUCAAUGGUGCCACCAACUACUUCUUCUCCCCAACCAAAGUGGCUGACUGGUUCUAUGACUCCAUCAGCAUUGUCCUAUCAGAGAUACAGAAGAAACCCCAGCGAGGGAUGCCAAAGGUGGAAAAGGUAGAAAAGAAUGGGACCAUCAUCUCCAUCAUUCUGGGUGUGGGGAGCAGUCGCAUGUUGUACGAUAUUGUCCCGGUGGUCUCUUUCAAGGGUUGGCCGGCGGUGGCCCAGAGCUGGCUCAUGGAGAACCACUUUUGGGAUGGGAAGAUCACUGAGGAAGAAGUCAUCAGUGGGUUUUACCUGGUGCCUGCUUGCUCCUACAAGGGAAAGAAGGACAAUGAGUGGCGGCUGUCCUUUGCCAGGAGUGAGGUGCAGUUGAAGAAGUGCAUCUCCAGCAGCCUCAUGCAGACCUACCAGGCCUGCAAAGCCAUCAUCAUUAAACUCCUGUCCCGGCCCAAGGCUAUCAGCCCCUAUCACCUGCGGAGCAUGAUGCUCUGGGCCUGCGACAGACUUCCUGCCAACUAUUUGGCCCAAGAAGACUAUGCAGCCCACUUUUUGCUGGGCCUCAUCGAUGACCUGCAACACUGUCUGGUCAACAAGAUGUGUCCCAAUUACUUCAUCCCGCAGUGCAACAUGCUGGAGCACCUGUCCGAGGAGACGGUCAUGCUCCACGCGCGGAAGCUCUCCUCCGUCCGCUCAGACCCGGCGGAGCACUUGCGCACCGCCAUCGAGCACGUCAAGGCAGCCAACCGGCUGACACUGGAGCUCCAGAGACGAGGGAGCACCACUAGCAUCCCCUCCCCACAGUCCGACGGAGGGGACCCCAACCAGCCCGAUGACCGUCUGGCCAAAAAACUGCAGCAACUAGUGACUGAGAACCCGGGGAAGUCGAUCUCCGUCUUCAUUAACCCUGACGAUGUGACAAGGCCCCAUUUCAGAAUUGAUGAUAAAUUUUUCUGAGCGUUUUUGCUGCCUUUUUUUCCCCUCGGGUUCUAAAACUCUCAUAAUAUGUAGUGUGGUUUGUGAUGCCGUCUUUCCGUUUUUUACAUAUCCAGCCUAGAUUGGAUCUGUUAAGAACACAUUUUAAGUUUCCUGGUUCUGCAGGAUGGUGCAGGCUCUGAAACAGUAUAUUACUAUUUCAUAUUCUGCCUCUGAUUUUGUUGUUUACUUUUUGUAGUUAUUACACAUUGUUUUGGUGUUUGGUUUUGUUUUUGUUUUUUUUAAGGAGAACUUGAGCCAUAGAUGAAAAUACCCAUGAAUUCUCUCACUUUUUUCUGUUUCAUACUUUGUGCUUUCAUACUUUUGUUCAUGGGAGUAGGGAAACAGAUCUCUUUCUCAUGCUUCAGGAUUCUCUUAUUUUUUUGUUUUCCUUUUUUUGUCUUUAUUUUUUUUUAAUGAGCGUUCAUCACCACAGGUAUUUGAAAAUCAUCUGAACCUGGGAACUACCUGGUACGUUAGUUGGAUUUAUUUCUUUCGACCAGUGGCCAGGGUAUUUUCUCCCUCUCUGCCAAACAACGUAGACUUUGAAAGUGAUAAUGCUACAAAUUGUGUUUGGAGCAACUUCAUUGAAUGUAAUUGUCCUUAAAUCAGAACUUUGGAUGGUUUGGAAGGGUGUCUUUGACAACUUUCCAGAUAGAAUUAAGGUUUCCAAAUGGUAGUUUUAGUGUGUGUAAUUAUUUGAAGCCUUAUUUAAAUCCUAUUAAAGAAUAUACCAUUAUAA